CAAUGGCUGACAUUGACCACAGAGCUGGAGAGUACAAGAUGGUUGAACAUCCCAAAAUACCUCCCAGACCCGCUAACCAGAAAGUGUGUCCUGGGAAGGGCCGCCAUGCCAGAGGUGCUCCUCAAAGGCGACCACCUCGACCUAUGAGGACCAUCUGGAUUGUUCUUGGAGUGACUGUUGGCCUCCUGAUUGCAGCUGGUGCCAUUUUUGGGAUUUUACAUUUUUUUGUAUUUGUCAAUGAGCCAGUUGUUGGAUCAGAGCAUGGAGGCACAAACUCCCCGUAUACAAAGGCACCAUUGAAAACACAAGGGACCACACCAGGCUCAUGUAACUCCUGCCCUGAAGGAUGGCACAGAUUUGAGAAGAGAUGCUACCAUGUCAACAACUCAGAUGCAAAUUCCUGGACUAAGAGUUCAGAAUUUUGCACAUCUAAGAAGGCUCAUCUUGCAGUAGUUGGAAACACAGAGGAGCUGGAGUCCAUUCGUCAAUUGAUGGAAGAACAAACACUUUACUGGAUGGGCCUGACUGGUGAAAACCAAGAGAACAACUGGCUGUGGGUGAACAAGCAGGCCUUAGAUGAUUCCCUAUACUACAUAUGCUGUGUGAGGGAUGGCCAGAAUCCUUACCCAGCUGGACACCCUCAAGAUGGAAGGACCAGAAGAGAGAGCAUACACAGGACAUUAUCGCCCCCUGAUGGCUAAAUGGCAGCCCCUCAGGAUUGCAGCGAUGUCUCAGAUUCCCACAGGGUAUACUGGGAAUUGGAGUUUUUUGACUCAGCCCUGUUGGGCUCCAUGAGUGCUGCCAGGAGAUGCUGCAAGAACUGGGGAGCUCACUUCAUGGGGCUUCUGCCUCAUCCAGAAGUGCUUUCGGACCACGUGUAUGGAACAAUGGAAGUACUUCUGGGUGGUAGAUAAAAGGAGCUGUAUGCCUCAGUUCCAGGGGCCAAUGGUGGUAGGAAGGAGGGCAAAGUUUGCCAGGAGGAAUGGCAGAGUCACAGAGAUGAUGAAGACUGAGAAAAGGGACAAAGAUUUGUGUGUUGGCUGUAUUGUGUUUGGACUACAGUGUUUGUACUUGUGGCUGUGGUGGG